AUGGAGAUCUGGAAGCCGCUGACAACGCUCAGAAUAUGCGUAACCACUGUCCACUCAGGGCAGGUAGACGAGGCAUAUAUGUUGCGCACAUACACCCAUCACUAUGACCCGGAUAUAUGCCCUCCUUGGGUCACUAAAUACAACGAAGAUACUCUCGACCUUAGAAUCUGGCAGGUCGGUCGUGCGACUACCGCUACACCAUCCUUGUUCGAAAUGUUAGUGGCCACCGGUCCUGAGGGUCAUGUGGGCAUGAAAGACGGUGGAAUACGGGAGAAUAACCCUAGCUAUUGUGCUUAUUCUGAAGCUGCCUCACUUUCGGGAGACGACAACCAGCCCAGUCUUCUACUGUCCAUUGGUGCUGGUCAUACUAAAUCAACUCCCGAUGACAUCGCCAAAUCAGGAAUGAUAACGUCUGGUCUGUCCAGCUUGACUAAAUUCGCAGACAGAUUAGCGGUGUUCAAAAACGUGCUGAUCAAAUAUUCGGCUGGCCAAGACCGGCACGAAAUGAUGCGCACCAUUGCCAGGGGCGGACAUACAUGGUACAAACGCUUCGAAGUCACAGACGGCUUGGAGAAGAUGAGAGCAGAUCAGUGGGAACGCGGAGGGGUCCUCUCAGAAGGCAUAACUCGGGCUGUUCCAGGUGGAAAAACCUUUGACACUAUACGCACGGCUACCGAAGCAUAUCUGAAUCGCCAGGGGCCUGAUAAGAGUGUCAACGAAUAUGCCGCCCCGCGUGAGAUGCUGAAGCAGACCGCGGAGAAGUUGGUUCGCAUGCGGAGAGCGCGAGAGCUCGAGGCCAUGACUCAGGGUGGGGAAAAGCGCGAGCAUUGGGAAGCGUUCAUGGGCAAGCACCUUAUUGGUGAGCGGGAUUUCUUCCGAAAGUACCAAGAGGAGUGGGACUACGCCCUGCUAGGUCGUAAGAAUUAG